UUGAAAGGGAGAAAUCCACUUCUGCUUCAGGAUGUAGUCCUUGUGCCAUGCAAUACCCCAGAGUCUGAGCACUGGACUCUUCUAGCAGUUCUGCCAAAGGAGAAAUCUGUUGUUGUCUUAGACAGUAUGCCAAGUAACCACAUUAAACAUACAAGUCUUGAUGCUAUUUCUAAGAUGUGUGGCCUUCUCAAAGAGAUCAACAGCAAUGUAGACCUGAAUCAGUGCAAGCUUAUAGUGAACAAAAAGGGAGAUGUUCCUGAACAGACCAAUGCCUAUGACUGUGGAGUGUUCACUUGCUUGUAUGCAAGAUGCUUGGUUGGUUAUGGUGAGAUGAUCAGUGAUGCCAGCAUCUCGGAUUUCAGGAAACUCAUGCUGUUGGAAUUGCAUCAAAGAAAGCUACACCCAAUCCCACCAGAAGGCAUCCUACCAGCUGAGCAGUAUUAUGCUGUUGAAUAUGUGGAAACUUACUACAUUGGACAUGCACAAAGUCAAGCUGAUAGCUUUGUAAGAUUCAAGUUCCUCCAUCGAGUGGGUGCAAAGAGUUUUGACUGGCCCAGCCGGAAUGAUGUUGAUGAUGUUCACAUCUCUUGUGUGUUUUAUGGCCCCGUCACCCUAGAGAGUGCUGGCCCAUUUGCUGUUCCAAAACAGCAAAACAUUGAAAAAAAGGUUUAA